AUGGCAACAACCGAAGCAGCCCGCGCGGCGUCCCUCGUCGACGCCGAACAAAAAGCAAUCCAACUCUUCACCGAGAUCGAAAAAACCCUCAUCCGGCCCGGCGUAAGCGAAAAGACCAUAAGCGACGAAAUUCACGCCCUAGGCGUCGAACGCUUCAACGUACGCACUCACUGGCACAAACGCCUGAUUCGCAGCGGACCCAACACCCUUCGGCCCUUUGACGACAAUCCACCCGACCGUAUCGUUCAAGAAGAUGAUAUCCUAGUCGUCGAUUUAGGUCCCGUGUUCGAAGAGUGGGAAGCCGAUUUUGGGCGUACGUAUGUCUUAGGCAAUGAUCCGAAGAAGAUCCGGUUGAGGGAUGCCUUGGAGCCGAUUUGGUUUCAGGUUAAGGAUUGGUAUUACAAGCAGCAAGCUACCAAGUCUGGCGACGCAGGUGUCACGGGCGAGGAACUCUAUGCGUAUGCAUGCGAAACGGCUGAGAACGCGGGAUUCAAGUUUGGUGCGCCGAUAGCUGGACAUAUUGUUGGUUCUUUCCCGCAUGAGCGGAUUCCCAGGGACAAGAUUACGCUGUAUAUUACAAAGGGGAAUAAUGAGGCAAUGACUCGACCCGGUAAGGGUGGCCAUUUGAUGCAUUGGAUUUUGGAGAUUCAUCUUCAUGACCCAGAUGGGGAGUUUGGAGGAUUUAUGGAGCAGAUUUUGACGGCUGGAUAUUAG